AUGGUACGUCCGCGCCCCAAUGUUACUACUACGGGUGUCAAUCCACCGCCAACAUGUCUGUUAUGUGGAAUGCAAAUUCCAUUCACGUCUGAUUCUGGAAUUUCGGAUUCUCUAACUAGCACAGUAAUCAAGGAGUCCGAUACGAAUCGGUGGGAGGAGAAUUACCCAUCCGACAAUCAUGAUUUCACUCAAUUCUAUGCUGCAAGCAUUGGAAGGCAGCCCAGUCAAUACAAAGGGAAAUUGCUUGGAUAUAUCAUCCAUGCCCAUUGCUGGGUGGUCUUUGGCCGAGUCGAAGGUCUAAAACUGAAUGAGGCUAAACUCGCCAAGCUCAUCCAAGUCUGUCGGAAUUAUUGGCGCAACAAUAGAUUGUGGCAAUUGGAUGACUACAAUGUGCGACUUGUUAAGCCGCACCAGGUUCUAUCGCAGUUUGAGUAUGGCUGGGAUAUCUAUCAGAAUCCACUAGUCGUGCCCGAAGUCCAAAAAGCCAUGAAUUGUGCAAAUGUCGAAAGUCUACGGGAAUCAAAAGGUCAUCAUCUAUCCUCUCAUUUCAGCAACAUCCCAUUAGAAGUUGCCAUUCUGAUCGCCGAGUGGGUCUGUCCUGUCAAAUAUACCCUAGGUGAUAUAAAGGACAUGGGGAAUAUACUUUUGGUGUUUGGGUGGAAGUUACCCGAUUGGUUUUGGCAAGGACGAUUGGACGAACGCUUAUUUAUCGAAUUAGAUAGACUCAAGAAGGCGAGAUCUCUAGUGGGUUGGCAAUUGCGGCUGAAUUUGAUGUGUCUUGUUGCGGAUCGGACUAGGUUUACUUCCAGUGGUCUAGCAAGUCGUGAACGAGUGCUUGGGAUAAUGCUUGCUCUUGAGAAAACCUACUUGAGUCAAGCUAAAACACAGCCACGGAGAAAGUGUUAA